CCCCGACGGAAGUGCGGGCGGAGGAGCCCGAGCCGGAGCCCGACCGGGAGCAGGGCUCGGGGGCUCCGGGCUGCGGGGACGGCCGGGCCCGGCCGCGAUGGCGCCCCUGCGGGCCGGCCUGCUCCGUCUCGGCUCCACGCUCGGCCUGUCCUGCCUGGCGCUCUCCGUGCUGCUGCCCCUGCAGCUGUCAGACGCCGCCAAGAACUCCGAAGAUGUCCGAUGCAAAUGUAUCUGUCCUCCCUAUAAAGAGAAUUCUGGUUAUAUUUAUAAUAAGAACAUAUCCCAGAAGGACUGUGACUGCCUUCAUGUCGUGGAUCCCAUGCCUGUGCGGGGGCCAGACGUAGAAGCAUACUGUCUACGCUGCGAGUGCAAGUACGAGGAGAGAAGCUCCGUUACCAUCAAGGUUACCAUUAUAAUUUACCUCUCCAUUCUGGGCCUUCUGCUUCUGUACAUGGUGUAUCUUACUCUGGUGGAGCCCAUACUGAAGAGGCGUCUGUUUGGCCACUCUCAGCUGAUGCAGAGCGACGACGACGUUGGGGAUCACCAGCCUUUUGCAAAUGCCCACGACGUGCUGGCCCGCUCCCGCAGCCGAGCCAACGUGCUGAACAAGGUGGAGUACGCCCAGCAGCGCUGGAAGCUUCAGGUUCAAGAGCAGCGAAAAUCCGUCUUCGACCGUCACGUUGUCCUCAGCUAAGUGGGAACCGCGUUCAAGGCGACUGGAAGAAAUGCGGCAGACGGUGGGGAAAAGCUGACUGCGUUUCCCGGGCUUUCGUUUUCAUACCCUAUUGAUUUCACCAGCUCUUGCUGGAAAAUUCAAAACUGGAAACAAAACCAUGCGUGGUCAUUUCUUUUCUCGUUCAUGUAUUGCUGGAGACAUUUGAAAAGCACACACCUCAGACAGAGUCGGCCAACAGGCCUUUCGCAUCCGUGACUCCUUCUCAUAAUCUGCCUGCAAAUCAUCUUGACGCCCUUAACCUGGAAAAAGCACUCUCUUUUUGACCACAAAGUUUUAACUUGGUUUUCAAGAUAAUUUUCAGGCGGAGUCUUUGUGCGGUGUCUCUGGGUUUGGUUUUUGGCAGGGGAGGGAGGGGUGUGUGGGACAUGCUGACCGUAACUUUUCUCAAGACGCUUUACUGAACAAACUUUUGUAAGUAGACGUUGCCUUUGUUUCCAAGUUUCGCCUGCAUCUCGCGGCGGAGCGAGCCUGCUCCAAGCCCCAACUCACCCGUCGGAGUUGUGCGCUGUGCUAGCUGGACGUCUGGUUGGCUGGGCUGCACCGCAUGCUAAACUGGAUCUGAAAUGCCUGGUGGCUUUUCGCAAGAUGCAGAUUUUCUUUAGACUGCGGUGUCUGAUGCAGUGCAUCCUGGGACAAACUGGCCGUUUGCUGGUUUACUUUAAUGACCAGUCUCGGUUGUGAUCGGUCUCGUCUUCCUCUGGUAUCUUUAAGGGUGAAUCCCAGGGACUUGGACGCUUGCAAUAAAGACAUGUUCCUUUAAGCCCGAGCCUCUCCGAAUUGAAGACACACGCCUACUUGUCAGCAUCCCAGUCAGGCUGGGAGGCGGCUCCUUGAGCCCCAGUGUGUGCAGCUCUGAUGGAGAACUGGAGUCCUGGCUGCCCCCUCGGGGAAAAGGUGUAACAGUUAGUGAAUAACUGGCUUUCUCUCCCCAUGUCCUCUUUGAAAUGUAACAGUGAAAAUGAUUUUUGAAACGCCUAUAUCAAUGUAUCUGUGUCCUCUAGCUUUUCUCUCCUCCCUCUCUGGCUGUAUAAUGAACUCGAAGAUGCAAGGACAAUUA